UCCGGGUCGGGAGUGAGGGGAGCCCGGCUUCGUGGGGAAUCUGCUGCUGGGAACGGGCAGCCCCCGCGCUGUGCGGGGCGGCGGGACUCGCGGGAGAGGAUCCGGGCUCGGUCUCCUGACACCGCCCCCUGCAGCGCGGGGUGACAGCACUGGGAAAAGAUCUGCAGCAAGAACUGCUCCAAGAACUCACCCAGGCUUUGGCUAUGGCUGUUCCUAUAGCGAUUCUUGAUUGUGACCUCUUGCUCUAUGGACGAGGACACCGGACACUAGAUCGCUUCAAGCUGGAGGAUGUCACCGAUGAGUACCUGGUGUCCAUGUAUGGCUUCCCCCGACAAUUCAUUUACUAUCUAGUGGAUCUGCUGGGAGCCAGCCUCUCUCGCCCUACACAGCGGUCCAGAGCCAUCAGUCCAGAGACACAGAUUCUGGCAGCAUUAGGAUUCUACACUUCUGGCUCCUUCCAGACUCGCAUGGGGGAUGCCAUUGGCAUCAGCCAGGCCUCUAUGAGCCGCUGUGUUGCCAAUGUCACUGAAGCACUGGUGGAGAGAGCCUCACAAUUCAUUCAUUUUCCAGAGGAUGAAGCCUCUGUGCAGAGUCUGAAGGAUGACUUCUAUGGGCUGGCAGGGAUGCCUGGAGUGCUAGGGGUGAUUGACUGCACCCACGUGGCAAUCAAAGCACCCAAUGCCGAGGACCUAUCCUAUGCGAAUCGAAAGGGUCUGCAUUCUUUAAACUGCUUAAUGGUGUGUGAUGCUAGAGGAGCACUGCUGAGUGCAGAGACGCACUGGCCAGGCAGCCUGCAGGACUGCACUGUGCUGCAGCAGGCAGCUCUUAAUAGCCAAUUUGAAGCUGGAUUGCACAAAGAUGGCUGGCUACUUGGUGACAGCUCCUUUUUUCUCCGCACAUGGCUGAUGACCCCUCUGCAUAUCCCUGAGACCACCGCAGAAUACCGUUAUAACAUGGCACAUUCUGCCACUCACAGUGUCAUUGAACAGACAUUCAGGACCAUUCGAUCCCGGUUCCGUUGCCUGGAUGGAUCCAAAGGCACCCUGCAGUAUUCUCCAGAGAAGUCCAGCCACAUCAUUCUGGCCUGCUGUGUGCUCCAUAACAUCUCUCUUGAACAUGGGCUAGAUGUGUGGUCUUCCCCAGCAACAGGACAGAUGGAGCAACCAGAGGAGGAAUACGAGCAAAUGGAAUCGCUGGACUCUGAAGCCUGUCGUAUCCGCAGAGAGCUUUUGCUUACUCAUUUUAGCUAAUAAAGUGAGGGAUGGAGACCUUUACAGAUGUACUUGAGGAAAACAUGGGAGCAAAUACACUCUCACAUUCUUUUAAGUUAGUAAAGAGAAAAACUAAGAUAGGCAUGGGAGCUGGGGAAGAAAGGGAAAUACUUGUAACAAAUUAACUUUGUUUAGGGGAUAUUUUCCAUCUGCCAGACUCUUGAUUUCUUUGUAAAUGUUGUUUUGAGCCCUGAAUUCUCAAUACCUAAUGUGUGCAGACCCCACCUUGUCUGGAGGACAGUUAGGUAGAGACAAUAAUGUGGGAUCGUUUCCCAAUAAAAUCACUUCCAAUCGUCUGACAUUUUUGAAAAGUCUGUCAAUAUUAUAAAAAAUAACACAAUAAUUACAAAUCUAUCAUUUUGUGAGUAUUACAGUGGUCUGUAGCAUCAAUCAUAAAUCAGUUUCAAAAAACAUUUUCAAACCCUUUUAAGGUAAAUUUCCAGUUGGACACCUACCCAGCCUCUGCUUGUGCAUAUGCAAAAGUACAUAUGCACUUACAUGUGUCUGCAAUUUACAGAUGCAAACACUUGCUAAAUAUCCUUGCUAAACACCUGUGCACAUCUUUUCAUUAUUCUGACACCGGUGCACACACAAGUGCUAAAAUUUGUAUUCACAAAACCCAUUGGUCCCAGAUUUUUUAAGGGCAUAUGAAGGUGUUUGCAGGUGCCCGAGUGGGCAAAAGGGAGAAAUUAGGCCAUAACUGGCUGCAUCAGCUACUUGGUGUGUCUAAGUCUUGUUCCCACUGAACAGACACUAGCAUUAUCACAGUUGCCUAUGGCAAGGCCCCCUUCUUGGUUGUCCUAGCAGAGAUUGACUGGGACACAUACAUUGCAUUUCCUUUCACCACAAGAGGUCAUCUGUGUAAAUCAGGAUUGAGGUAUGGGAUGGGAAGAUUACUCUUCAUUAUCCAUGGAGUCUUGUAGAUAAACAGAGGACUUCAAUUUAUAGGACUUUCAUGGGCACAUGAUAUUUUUUAAAAAGCUGUUGAAGUUUCAAGUGUCCCAACAGGGUUCUUUCUUUCCAUCAGAUUAAUGCAAGUGUAAAUUCUUUUCCAAGAGGUUUGUUGAACACCAGUGUGACCACAGUCUUGGGAAGCUCAUGCUGGGAGAGGUUCUAUCUUUUAGCAGGGUCAUUACUUCAGUUUAAUUUAUGGAAUGUUCUAAUGGAAUUUGGUGACUCCUGCAAAGAUUUUGACACUUACAAUGGUAGCACAAACAUCUGUCACGUCAGAUCUCAGAAUUCUUAGUUUGUAG